AUGGAGGAAAGGUCCUGGCGGAGGCUAGUGGGGAGAGAGGGCGUGGUGGCCAGCGAGUUGGUGGAGGCGGAUGGCAGCUGCGACAGGCGACGGUGGGUGGCGCGCUGUGGCCGGGGGUGGGCGGCGGCGGGUGGCGCGCUGGGGCCGGGGGUGGGCGGUGGCGGGAGGCGUGCUGGGGCCGGCGGUGGGCGGCGGCGGGUGGCGCGCUGGGGCCAGCGGUGGGCAGCGGGUGGCGUCGACAGCGGGAGAUUGGGGCAAAGAGUUGUGCGAGAGGUGGGGAAUAACUAUUCGGAUCACAGCUGCCCCUAUAAGGGCCCGAUUACAUGUUCCCGACAUUUCAGAAAACGCACACCUGAGAAAACGACCCGUUCCCGCACCUCCCGCAGCUCGCUCUCCCCUGAUUCCUCCUCUUGCUCUCCCCCGAUUCGUCCUGCGACGAGGUCACCGCCCCGCCCUGGAUCUCCCCCCACCCCCUCGCUCUCCCCCGCCCUGGAUCGCGCCUCCCCGCUGUGCCCCGCCCCAAAGAGGCGCGCCGCCAUCGACCCCCGGAUUAGGCCGCCGCGCCCCGCCCCAGGUACCCGUCAUAGCCACCAUGGACAGCAGCCAUGCGGCAGGAGCUCGCCAUCGAAGUCCCCCGAGCACCGUCCGCCCCGAAUCUGGCCGGGAACCGGGCGAGGCCGAGCCCUCGCGCCCAGAUCCACGCGUGGCUCAGUGCCACAACCACCAUCACCGGAGAUCCGACAGAGAUCAGCAACCCCACGACCUCUACCUCCCAACCCCCGCAUACCCACCGCCCCAGCUAGUGCGUCGCCCUGUGCACUCCACCGCCGGCAGCAAGAGCUUGGACGCCACCACCACGCAGACUCCUCCCGGUGGGGCACAACCACCGCAGCAAUCUGGAGGUUCACCGCGGCUACCUCGAGCGGUUCAACUGACGCGCCCCCGCUUCUGGAACCACCUGCCAGGACGACCACCACCCCUCCCUCCUCCUGUUGCAGCGGCGUAUCACAUAGGGAAGUUCGACCCGGACAACCGCUUCAGUUUGAUGUCACUGCAUAGUGCAGCUUUUUAUGCUCUUUUCUUGUUUUGACAAAAAUGUUGUUUUUGUAGAUUUGUGCACAUAAAGUUCAAAAAAAUAAUGGAGAUAAGCAUCAAGUAUGUGUGUGUGUGUGGUGGUGAGGUUGAGGUUCAAAAAACGUGUGUGGUGAUGGUGAGGUUCAGAAGAACAUGUGUGUGGUGGAGAAAUUCACUAGCUUUUUUCAUCGGGACA